CCUAGCUAACUACAGUUAGGCUACUCAUGAUGAUGUAUUGGUUGUUUGUUUUUUGCUAUUGAAGCAUUUUGAUAUUGUUAUGAAAAGCACUAUAGAAAUGUAAUACAUUAUAAAUUAUUAUUAUAUACUUUUCAGGUGGCCGGGAUGUUAAUGUAUUACAUCAUCUCUGGUGGACAUCAUCCAUUUGGCAAAGGCAUCCAUUGUGAAGUUAACAUUUUUGAAGGGAAGUACACAUUGGAACAUGUUGAGGAUGAAGUGGCCAAGGACCUCAUUGAGUGGAUGAUCAAUGAAGACCCAGAGAAGAGACCUACAGUGGAGGACACACUGGCCCACCCAUACUUCUGGCCAGAGGAGAGGAGAGUGGAGUACUUACGAAAAAUUGGUAACGAGAAGGAAGCAGAGAACUGUCGCAAAGCAGACCCAGGACUCCUUCAUGCUUUGGACCAGUGUGCUGAGGCGAGGUCGUUCACAAAGUGGAAGUCCAAGAUGCCGCCUGAGUUGAUGAACAAGUUGGAUGGUAAAAAGAAGGCCUACCCAGACAACACAUUGGGUUUGUUGCGCUUCAUACGCAACCUCCAUGAGCACUACAGUGAGGAUGCGGAUUCUGUUGACAUAUUGACAAUGUUCCCUGAUCUCUUUGGAUGCGUCUACAAGUUUGCGAAGAAAAUGGAGUGGAAUUCAAGAAGUAGUCUGAAGAAAUUGUUUCACAGAGAAGAUGUAAGAUAAUGAUUCUGACAUUUGGAAGAUUAACACUGACUAACUUCUGAAAUCUUGGCUUGACUUUUCUGUUGCCAUUAAAUGAGUCACUAGUGUUAAGUGUUAGAUGAAUGUUCUCUAGAGGAAAUCAAGAGGCUAUGCAGCACUCUGCCUCUGUUUGCCUACUUGGUGUUUUGGCCAUUUUCUUACAUCAUUAUAACAGUACUUAUCUCAUAAGCUAACAUGAAAUAUACACAAUAUUUUUGAUUAGAAUAUGAAAUGUAACGAUACUUUGUAAUAUUAUUCAAUUUGCCUCAGUUUAUUCAUGGUUUGUUUACUGUAUGUAUAAUAGCAAUGACACAUACUGUACAUACAUACAACUUCUCUGUUGAAAAGUAUUGAAACGAGCUGAAUCUAUUAAUAAAGUGUAACAUCUGAAUAGUAUA